AGUAGCCGGAAGUUUUUAAGAUGGCUGCCAGCGAGGUGUUCCAGCUGAUUGACACAGACAUCCCAAAUGGCCGUCAGAAUUUACAGGAAAACCAUGCAAACCUUCAACGUCUCGCCGAACACUGCGAGGAACGAUAUAAAGAGGCAGAUGACAAGCAGCAGGUCCUGGAGGAGACAAAGAACUACACCACCCACUCUCUUGCCAGCGUGGCCUACCAGAUCCACACCCUGGCAGCCAACUUCCUCAACCUGCUGGACAUGCAGGGAAACCAACUCUCGGGGAUGGAGUCCAGCAUCAACCAUCUCUCACAGAUUGUAAACAUACACAAAGAGAAGGUGGCCAGACGAGAGAUCGGUGUUCUCACGACCAACAGGACCUCACUGAGGGCAGUUGGAACCAAGAACGGCAUCAUAUUCCCCGAGCAGGCUGAACGUCCAGUCAAAUAUCAGCGCAAACCCGUAGAUUACUCGACACUGGACUCUACUGGACAUGGAAUCAAGGCACCAUCUGCUGCCCCCAAGAACAGCCGACCCCCUUCUAUAGCCAGCCAGGGCUCCUCUCAUGCUCCCACCACCAGACCCCCGACACCACCCAUCUCGCGGUCCGGCUCCGUGUCAGGAGGAUCCAUCUCUGGGGUCUCCACAUCGGGUACAAUCUAUGGAACCCUGGGAAGAAGCCAUUACCGAUCAGUGGCUCCCCCCGUCGCACCGCCAUCUGUCCCAGUCGGUCAACAGUACGCCCCGGGUCAAUCCCAGCAUGGUGCCAGGGACAGAUAUGAAAUGCUGUAUGCCCCCAGUGUAAUGGGUACAGUCCACUCACCCCCUCCUGUUGGAAUGGCACGCCCCGUGUCAGACAGGGUGUCCUACCAUCGGGAAUCAACAGGUGCUCCGUUUUCAUACAUGGGUUACCAGAAUGCAAGUAGGCGUGAUGUGCCGCUGCCUCCUCCCCCUCCAGCCAUGGACAAUGAAGGUCAGGAUGCCCUUGCUUCAACAGUGUCGCCACCCCCACCCCCACCUCCCCAGGCUGCGUAUCCCCAUGGCAGUGACCCUCCUCCGCCACCCCCUGAGUUCAGUGACACAGACAGUCAGCCCCCGCCUCCACCCCCUGAUGACCCCUACAUGGAGACAGGGCCCCAGCUCACCACGCAGCCGGACUGGAUCCCCAAACAGUACCAGGAAAAGGUUAUAGCCAUCUAUGACUACAAGGCAGAGAAGGAGGAUGAGCUGACAUUUUCGGAGAACUCGCUGAUUUUUGUGCUGAAGAAGAAUGAGGACGACUGGUGGGAGGGAGUGAUGGACGGACAGCGUGGCCUGUUCCCAUCCAACUACGUGGAACCCUGCAUGUAGACUACACAAGUGUGUCACAACAAAUAUGCACACUUCAACACAGAUGUAUAUCCCAAUAGCUAGGCUCUCACCACCCAGGUCAUUUGGCACACCCUGCACAUUUGAAUCAAGUCAUUUUGAGUCACUUUGUUAGGUGUAGAUUAUUUGAGUGACUAGACCAGCUACCAGUUAUUGAUAAUGGUGCCUUUAUGCACUGGCCAUACCUGGGCUUGACAAGUCACUAGUUACAACAUCAUGGGCCAAGAUAGAAGUGCUAGACUGUAGAGCAAAUUGAUGUCUCAUCAUACACGUCAUUGUUACAGUAACCUGUCAGGUUUCAUCAUUUUUGGUUAGUGUCAUAAUAGUGUCAUAAGUACAGUUCAGUUCAACAGACUUCUUUAUAUCCAAAGUUAGAUGGGGCCUUACUAGAGCAUGUAAUAUAUUGCAUUAAGUCACAUGCAGACUGUGUCAUGACAUUUAUUAUUUCUUAUCAUUCCAUAGCUUCAGCAUGUGUAUGCACAGAAUGAAGUGUUCAGUUUGCAUCUUAGAAAAGACUAGCAAUUAGCAAACUGUUUUGUUUAUACAAUUUAUAUUAUUUUAUUUGUGAUGUUAAUGGAAAACAUAAUCUAUGCCAUAUACAGAUUGUAUCCCUUGAAGCACUUGUGUACAUUGUGGCAAGUAGAAACUAUCAACUGUUGUUGUUGGUUUGCUAGGUUGAUAUGUAAUAUAUUUAUGAUGGUGUGUCAUUGUCAGAAUUUAUUUUGUAUCAGGUCUCGUCAGGUCUUGUUUCAUGUAUAUGUUUGGUCAAAAUUGAAGAGCCAAUAUGUUUUCAAAUGAGCACAAAUUCCAUUGACCUUUCUCUAAUGAGAUUUAUGCAUAUUUUCGUAACAAGGAGUUUGUGAAUCCACAUUGAUAAAUGACCACAGUUUCUCCGUGCCUUGUCACUUUCUUGCCUUACUCCAGCGAUAGACAUUGGCACUAGUCCUAUAGUUCUUGCCAAACUGCCCGUUAGUUUAAGGUAUCUCAAGGUCAUGUAGAAAUUUGUACUUUUUAAGGUUUUUGCUACCGGUAUAUGUUAUCAUUAUAAGGACUAGUGGGCUAAAAUUGUUAGUUUCUAUCACUGUUACUCCAUUUUGCCAUAAGGUUUUAAUAGUUUUAUAUAUAAAAUUAUUUUAAGCUUGGUGCCAACAGCAUGUUCAAGCAAUGUUAAACAUAUUAAUACCAUACAUGUAGAUAUUGGACCAUUCCAAUGAUAUGAUUCAUUCCAGAAGGCCUUCAAAAACUGUGAUUAUUGUUUAUUUUCAUGAUAAAUCACUCUCAAGGAAACUGUGUUUGUUAUGUUUGUGUUAUGGGUGCUAGGGUUUCAGUAGAACCUGACAUAUUGUUAUUUGUAUGUAGAUGUAUGUUUAUAAGUGUUCUGACCUACAGGUGCACUAAUAUUGCUUUGCAGAGUUGUGUCCCUUUGCUGUGCCAAUUGCUGAUAAUACUGGGUUUGUCAGCCCUGGUAAUAUAAGCAUGAUUAUUAUGUUAACUGACCAGCUACCUAGUUUUGAAUCAUGUAUCUGACGAGCAGCAUUGCUCAUUGGUGUUGAGUACAUGGUAUCCAGUGAUAUAUCUCUUGACCUGCUCAGGGCCUGAUAUUCAGCCCCAAGUCUGCAGCAAUGUCAGAGAAAGAAUUCCCAAAGUAGAAUUAAAAACUUACCCAAUUAGUUACCCAACAGUUAGCAGGACCAAUAAAGAGGAACAGGAUUAAAUGCUUAGUUUUACAUUGUUGCUUUGAAUGCAACAUUAAUAUAGCACUGAAUUUAAGAAAAUAACAACUUGAACAAAAAUCCAAAUUUGAACAAAAAGAUAUUUUCCCAUUUUGCCUGCCCUGGGUACUUCUUUUGAAACCUUGGAUAAAUCUGUGUCAUGUUAUCUGGUCUUUUUAUCCUAAGCCAGCCAAAAUAUGCUGAUAAGUGGUUGGAAUCCCAUAUUGUCCUGGUUAGCGGUUACCUUGGUCCCUCAGCACCAUGUUUGCUGUACUGGUGAACAUUUACAACCUGUGUAACUUAGGCUUGCAGUCCAGGGGACUAAAUACUGUUCUAGGUGGAGUUGGGGGGGUCAGGUAGCCUAGUGGUUAAAGCGUUUGCUCGUCAUGCCGAAGACCCGGGUUCGAUUCCCGACAUGGGUAUGAAGGCCCAUUUCUGGUGUCCCCCGCCAUGAUAUUGCUGGAAUAUUGCUAAAAGCAGCGUAAAACCAUACUCACUCACUCUAGUUGGAGUUAACCCGACUCACUCCUUUCAUAUUGAGGUGCAUUGAUGUUAGACUGGCGAUUGUCUCAUAGUCACUAUUGCUCAUUGUUUUCCAGAGAAUAGAUAUUUCCAUAUGUACACCCGACACUGCACUGGUUGACAUGGCAUUAUUUUCACCUGUGGUUCUUUUUUUUAGAUUGAUUAUUUACAUUGAUCAAACAGAUUAUUCUUCUUCUUUUUUUUGUCUGUUUCUGUAUUUAGAUCUGAUUUUGAGUUUUUUCAUAUUUAUUUGUCAAAUCUUGUCAUAUUUUGUGUUAUUGUUAGGAAAAUCAUUUUGAAUAAUAUCAAUGUUUUGUUUUUAUAAAAUAUACCAGUUCUAAGGAUUCUGUUAAAGGGGCAUUAGUUAAUAAAUCUGACAGUAAGGAGUAUGGUAAAACUUAACUAUGUCAUUCAUUUCUUUCCAUUCAUUCUGUUGUGUUAAUUAAGCAAUUUGUUUUAUUAAGAAUUCGUUCAAACAAUAUCCAUCUGCCAUAGUUUCUAUUGUUAGGUGAGAAUUUUGCAAUAUUUCUGAAGGACUAGGUUCAUUACCAUAUUUGGCAAAUGACAAUCAUGCACAACUACUUCCUGUUCCUGCAGUUGCUUGUCAGUCAUGUCAUGUACAUGCUGUUGCCAUGGCUACAAUUCAUUUCCUAUCACACUGUGUUCACCAAGUGAAGUUCACUAGCUUGCCUUGUUGUAACUCUCAUGCUGUAUAAGAUAGACAAUGCACUCGGGCCUUGAAAAGGGUUCCGCACAUUUUGAAAUCCUAACUUCAACUGACCUUUACGGCAAGCAUGGGUUGCUGAAGACCCCAGAUCUUCACGGGUUGGUUAAAUCAAAGUUAAAUAGAUAGUCAUAAUAAGCACCAACAUUGAAAGAGAUUCACAUACCCUUAGUGUUUAGCAUGUCAUGUAUGGUAAUAACAGAGUGUAGUUGUUUGACACAGUUGCAUUCAUAAGAUAUAAGAAGUUAGUUUUAGGUGGACUCACAGACAGAGAAAGGGCCACUGGAGCAUUUGUACAAGGGGAUCGCCUCUAUUCCGUUCAUUAGAGGCAAUAAAGUGGAUCGGGUCGUCAAGCUCAGUGACUUGGUUGAUUGCAUUGAUUGAUUGAUGCUCAUGAUGUCAGUCAAUGGAUUUUCUGGUCCAGACUUGAUAAUUUUCAAGCCGCUGUCAUAUAGCUGGAAUAUGUCUGAGUGCAGUGUUAAAGUCAUUAUUAAGUCUUCAGGAUUAUUUAGUGUAGCUUCAAUGAUUCACUAGAAUAAAUGUGCACUCACGCUCCUUGUUGGAAAUGGUCCAAGUUAAGAUUUUGUCAUUUAUUUCUGGUGUGUUUUAGGGGUUGGGUGAAAAUUUAGUGACAGAUGUGUAAAAGACAUGUUUUUCUUAACUGCAAAUAUUAAUGUGCCUUGAUAUGUGCAUUAGUUAUGUGUACAAAGUCAUAGUAUUUCCCUAUUAAUGAAAUAUUACCAUGCGUGCCUCAACACUGUUGUCCUUGAACAUUGUUGACCUGUGGUGCUGUGUGCUUUGACGGAAAACAUUUUAUAAGGGGCAUAAAAUCUCAACUCCUUGGGAUGAAUUUAUUUUCUGUAAAUUUUCAAAAUCCAUGGUCCAUUGAUGAAUAUAUUUUUGAAUGAGUUUUAAGAUCUUUGUACUGUUUAUCAUGUUUAUGGACUUGUGUGUUGAGGGACAUUUCCUUAAUUGUUGAUGCACUGUUGUUAUUUCAGCUCAGAUGUCACACAGUUGUUGAUUUCUUCACUUUACACAGAAUUUGCUUUUGAAGAUAGAGAAAUUAGGGAAAUUUAAACUCUUUUUUUCACUUACAUGAGUUUUGUAGCUAAAACAUUUGGGAGGGUUGUUUUUUUAUUGACAUGAUGUUUUCGUGUUCAUUAAUUAUUACUUUAAAAAAUAUUACUGAUGUAAGAAUUGAUAGAAUUCAUGCCUAAUUGUCUUCCUAUAUAAUAUUGCCAUGGUGGUCACGGUUUACAUACAGGUUGAAGUUUUGUCAAAGGUUUGGGUUUUUUUCAGUUUUGAAUAGGCAUUCUCAAUUCUCUUAUCCUAGAAAUAACACUUGUGUUGCCAUGGUGAUUUUGAGUAGUGACUACAGAGUAGCCAUUAGUGAUAAUACCGCUGAUACUUUCCACCUGAUAAUGAACAAGAUUUUUGUUUUACAUUUAUUAUGCAGUAUUACUUGUACAAAUGCUCUUCCAUUAUCACACUUAAGAAUAAAAUCAAGUUGAGUGAUA